AUGGACUAUCCUCGAGCACAUCUCCUGGGCCUUCCUACUGAAAUUCGUCUAACAAUCUGGCGCCUCAUCCACAACGAUAUCCUUGCUAGCGUUGACAUAUAUUGGCAUGAAGCACCCGUGACCUCUUGGGCUGGUCUUGCUGCCACUUGCCGCGUCAUCUACGAUGAAGUUUCCGAAUUUUGGCCCAGAACCAUGGUUCCGUACCACAAAAACCAUAGCUCUGCUCGUGCUUACAACACACUCACUAAUCUCGCUGGAGGGCUCACGAACUCCUUGUUCAAGGAUUUUCGCCGUUUAUCUAUUCAGCUUCCAAUCCAACAGAACAAUAAGCCUGAGCAGUUUUUCCGUCAGAUCGCAGCCGGAUUAACGCAAUUGGCGCCUGUGCUCCAGGAUCUGCGGAUCUUCUUUGUUGGCGAAGAUGGACUAGGCAUCAACACGAACCUCAUGGGCUGUGGCCUCAGAGUGUACAACAACCCUCUGGAAUCGUCGAAGUGGAACCUUCGCAAGGAGGGUUCAUGUUACGUUGAGAGAAAUAUUCUAUUUCGAGCAGUCAGAAACCUCUACUUUCUCCGGAACUUGGUUGUGUCCAAUACCAACUAUCCUCUACUCCAAUCUUUGAUUGGCCACAAACCCGAUCUAAAGACCCUACUUCUGGUGACUGACUCACGCUCAGAACUUUACAAGCAUUCCGGGGGCCCACUAAUAAGAUGGCAACCUCCAAAUGCACUUCAUGCAUUGGAGAUCAGUACUAAUGCAGUUCUUGGUGCGACCGGUAUGGUGCUGAAGGUCAUGGACAGUCUCCAGGAUUUGACUCUCUUAAUUCCAUCAGCCGAAUGGCAGCAACAUGACUGGAAGUGGCUGGAUCACGCCAGUCUCAUCUUUCAAAACAUCAGCUUGCGUGGGGCAAAUAUGCGUCGAUUCCGCCUAUGCAUCGAACAGCCUCUUCGAGAAGCGACGGCGGGAGCCCUGUUAGGUGCUAUCAAAUUGUACCUUCCAGACACUAACCUGCAGAUUCUCGAGAUUCACAUGACAUUACAGUCGCAAUAUUUUGGGUAUGAGCUGAUCGAAGCCCUGCCCAAGACGCUGAGACGCCUCUACAUUUCACAAGAGCUGGCUUCAGCUAAAGAUGUUCUGAGAGGUGUUCGCGAUCGAUACUUUGGUCAGAAAAGUAGAGGUGGUCAUCUGCAAGCAGGAAAUCUUGGAUUGGUGGGAUUUGAAUACUGGGAGCGCGAAAGUACGAAGCUGGCCCUACUGCGUAUGAACGGCGCACUCCUCGAUCGUGAACGCAAUGCUCAUCUUCUUGAUGAUCCCGAGGACUCUACUUAUCGGUUUGGUGGUGAAACUCCCGGCAAGUUACUUGACAUGCCACUCGAGAUGGGGGAGGAUGCCAUGAGCGUGGAAGAAGUACCUGCAGGGGCGCUGAUGUACUACGAAGAUGAGACGGUACAGCAUAUUACGCAGAUGGAGAUGGCAUUUCAUGCAGAAGAGGUCGCCAAGCCCGAGGAUCAGAUGCCUUUCCUUGUGAUUCCCGACAAUGUCGAGGUUGGGGAGAAUGAUCACUGGAUGACGGGUUGA